AUGGGAACCGAGCGGCACCUAGCCACAGCCAUGCUGUUCCUCGUAGCCCUCUCUGUGUGCCUCUGGCUGGACGUGAAAACCGCAACGGACUUGCUUGUAUCGGGUACGAGGGCGUUCGUGCAGCUGACAGCCGUUGGAUUGGGGCUUAAAUACAUCUUCACCGUUGACAGCGCGCAUCCCGUUUUUGUUGCCGUGGCAGUCAUGAUCGUGAUAGCAGCCUACACAGCCUCCCGGCGAGCAAAGUCAGUGCCUCGAGGCUUCUGGGUGGCGCUGGUGGCGGUGGCUACUGGCACUGUCACUGCGCUGUCUCUCUUAGUCAGCUUGCAGGUGGUUCGGCUGCGGCCGCGGUUUGUGAUUCCCAUCGGGGGCAUUGUGGUGGGCAGCAGCAUGACCAUUGCUGCAAACACCAUGCAGCGACUGGCUGACGACUUUCAACAGAGAAGGGGGCAGCUAGAGGCAGCACUGGCCUUGGGUGCAAGCCAAUGGGAGGCCUCUCUUCCCCUCAUCAAACGGGCAGUAGCUGUGGGUUUCGGCCCUACUAUAGACUACACCAAGACUGUGGGGAUAAUUCAGCUCCCAGGCUCAAUGACUGGGAUGAUCAUGGGGGGAGCAUCCCCCCAAGAAGCAGUUGCAAUGAUAGUGAUGUUUCUGGUGGCGCUUUCCAUUUGCCUCUGGAUCGACUCCAACACUGCAGCGGAUGUGCUUGUAGCGGGGAUAAGAGCAGCUGCGCAGCUCUCAGCUGUUGGAUUCGGGCUCAACUACAUCUUUGCCAUCGAAAGCUGGGAGGUGGCAUAUUGUGGAGUGGCAAUCAUGGUGCUGGCAGCAGCACACACCGCGUCGAAGAGAGCCAAGCGCGUGGCAAGGGGAUUCUGGGUGGCUUUCUGGGCGAUUGGAACUGCUGCUACACUCGCUUUCUCCCUGCUUGCGGCCUUGCAGGUGGCUCGCUUGCGGCCGCGGUUUGUGAUUCCCAUCGGGGGCAUUGUGGUGGGCAGCAGCAUGACCAUUGCUGCCAACACCAUGCAGCGACUUGCGGAUGACUUUCAGCAGAGUAGGGGGCAGGUGGAAGCCGCUUUAGCCCUGGGCGCAACUCAAUGGCAGGCCUCCCUUCCCCUCAUUCGAAAGGCAGUAGCAGUGGGCUUUGGGCCGACACUAGACUAUAUAAAGACUUACGGUGUGAUUCAGCUUCCUGGCGCUAUGUUGUUUCGGCGGUUUUGA